AAAUCAACUUCUACAGAUUCGCACAUAAAGAAUAAAUGUUGAUUACAUAAUUCCAUUUUUUAAAAAAACCAAUGUAGAAUAGAAUAAUGUAUUGUAUGCACAUGUACCCACCUACAAUUUGGAUCAAUAUAUAUAACCAUUUAAAAAAAAGGUGUUAUGAUUCAAACAAAUAUUCAUUCAAUAAAUGAUAAAAAUAUUGGACAAUAUUUAUCUAUAUCAACAGGUUGGGGUAUAGCUAAAAUUAUUGGUUUAUUAAUAUCAACUAAUGGUUGUGGUGGUGGUGGUGAUGGUGAUGAUGGUGGUGAUCAUGAUAAUCAUAGUAGUAGUAGUAACCAUGGUAAUCAAUCAGGUUUAUUAAAUCCAUCGAUUACAUUUGCAUAUUGUUUAAUUGGUAAAUUAUCAUUUCGUUAUCUUAUCCCAUAUAGUAUAGUACAAUUAUUAGGAUCAAUAUUUGGUACAUUUAUUAUCAUUUGUAUUUAUUGGGAAAAUAUACAAUUAUAUGCUAAAUUAUAUUCAUAUGGUAAAUUAGAAAUGAAUUAUACUGGUUCAUUAUUAGUCAAUAUACCUAAUGUAUCUCAUCAAUUAUGUUUAUUAGAUUAUAUUAUAUCCAAUACAAUUUAUUCAUGGAUUAUAUUAAUCAUUAAUAAUAAUCAUAAUUUAUCAUAUGAAUUCCAAUUAAUUUAUAUUGGAUUAUUAUUCACUGGUAUUAUUGGAUCAUUAUCAUUAAAUAUUGGUAUUGGAUUAAAUCCAGCUAGUGAUUUAGGUGCAAGAAUAACAAUAUCAUUAUGUGGUUGGGGUAUUCAAGCAUUCAAAGCAAAUAAUUAUUAUUUUUGGUUACCAUUAAUUGGACCAUAUAUAGGAGCAAUAAUUGGUUCAUUAUUUUAUGGAUUUAUUAUUAGUUUACAUAUAAUACCAUCAUCUGAUAUUGAUCAAUAUAAAAUACAAAAUAAUCAAUGUACAAUAAUUAAUUCAACUAGUAACUAUUUACAAAGUAGUUUCAUUGAAGAAAUGAAUGAAGAUUUAUUUAAUAUAACAGAAAUUGAUGAUUGUUUUAUAGAUAGUGAAGAGACCAUAGAUUAAAUAUCCAUUCACGACUAUCUUCGUAUUACAUAAUCGUCAUCACCAUCAUUAUCCUCAUCAUAAUCACCAUGGUGAUAUUUCAAAAUAUCCCGCAUUUUUUUAAAUCAUUCAGUCAAUUUUAUCAAUAUAACUUCAUAUAUGAUGGAAAUAAUCUUGUAGGAUUUUCAAAUAACAAACGUUGCCUAAUUGGAAAUCUUUCUUUUUCUUAUAUUUGAAUAAACUGAUAUUGAAAUAAUUUCAGUCUGUAGAGUAAUAUUUAUGAAAUAAUGAGAAACUAAUGCAGUCAUCAGUAAUAAGGAUAGUAGGUUGAUGAACCUGUGUUAAUCCUGACUGAUUGCCUUCCGGUGAAGGUCCAGUUCCUCUUUAAGAAAACCUGGGAGCACUGGACGAUUGUUUCGUCCUAGUAUAGGACUUAUCAAUGGUGGUGUGCAUUCAGGAUCCUGCUUGCGGGAUUUGAAGCCAGAACUUUCGGUCUUGCAAGCGAACUCUUAACCUCUAGACCACUGAACUGACUGACAUCCAAUAGUGUUAAUGCCUAACUUCAACCAAUUCACGGAAUUGUGCGACCAUCUUUAAUUGUCAGAGGUAGAUACCUGUCUCUACCUAACACGGAUUAGCUCCACCAGUCAUGGCUUUUCACUGGAACUCGGAGAAUUACCUCACAAAGCUAAUCACUAGUGAGCACAUAGUAAUUAUCAGUGUAGGACGAAACGACCGUUCAGUACUUCCAGGUUAUCAAUGGUGGUCUAAAAUUCAUUGAUCCAUGAUCUCAAUCAAAAACUUAAUAAUCUCCACAACCCUACACUGAUAAUUGAUUGAAUGUCUUUGCGGAGAGAAGGAAACUAUCCUACUAAUAGCCUAUAAUCUCAGUGGUUGGUAAGCAGGGAGGAAAAAGACGACUUGGCAGAAAGACUGUCCUACUUGUUCGUGAUUCGUACUAAGUCUAAAACGCAUAUGAAUAAAUAUAUGACUAAUGAGGCUGGUCAAAGAACAUAUUACGUCGCGAAAUAGAUGCAUAUAUGAAAAGGAUAAAUAACAACUGGAAAGAGCCGGAAAGGAUUGCCCAGGACAAUGUUGGAUGGAGAGUGAUGAUGGCUGGCCUAUGCUUCACCGCGAGGAGUAGCAGACGUAAGUAAGUAUGUAAGUAGUGAGGCUGGGAAAGAUACAAUUUCGACGGAGUUUUGUCCUCUGAGCUGGAUGGCUUGAUCGUGGAGCUUUCAUCGUUCUUCUGAGCGACAUCAUCAGCAUAUCAGACAAAGCGGAGGUCAUUUUUAUCUUUGCCUACAUGGACAUCAAUUCAUGUGGUCACCUGUGGACACACAUUCGACUGGAAAAAUGUUGAGAUCUUGGAUAGAGGCAAUCAACAUUGAGUUCUACAGGACAAGCUGUGUGUAAUUUCUACCUGAAGUUUGUGCAGAUAAUGUCGUUCAGAAGAACGUUGAAAACUCCACGACUAAACCAUCCAGGUCAAAGAACAAAAUUUCAUCAAAAUCACUCAUCUGAGCUAUAAAUCUUCUCCACCACCUCAGAGAUACAAUUAUUUUCCAAUUAGGAAAUAAGAGUAAAACAAUGAAAUACAAAGGUCACGUCCAACUUACAGUGAUUUUUUUAAUAUAAACGGAUAUGAUAGUAAUUUAUGAACUAAACAAAAGCCUAUGAUACAUAGAAUAAAAUUGAAAUUCGCUGUUUGUCACCACAUAUCUAUUUCUUUCCUCACAUUAAUUCCUAACUAAACAGUUGGAUUAGGCUUCUGGUAUAUUUUAUACAGAGUUCGCUAUGCAAGAUGUGCAUCUACAGUUGAUUGAUCACUGGGUGAUGAUCAAUGUCAUGUAUGUCAGAACCUUCUUAUUGAAGAUCAAAUCUGUUAGGGAUGCUGAGGAAUGAUGUGCCAAUCAUUAUCAUGUUAAGUCUAAUGAUGUCCUUGGACCUUAAAUGGGCAUUCCCUAUUGGCCGUUAUUUAUUUCACUCGUUAAAUAUUGUACAGAUGUUGUUUUCUAUUUUUAUGGUACGAUGUGGUCUGUUUGGUUGGUAUAUAAACAGAGUAUGUUUGAAAUAUAACGAUUCAUAACUCAGAGGCUGUGACUUGCGUUCUGGACUCAACUGGCUGGGCUAGACAGCGAAGCAGGGCCAAUCGGGACUCUAGGUCGUCCGUACGUGUUUUACGUGUCACUGUAAUCGAUCGAUAUAAACGCUGCUUAUCAAAACCUGCAGUCACACCCAUUACAACAAAAUCCUAUCGACCAAGUUGUAAUGUGCUCACUAGUCUGGAUGACUCGACAUUGAGUGUACUAUGUUGAGAUAAGAUGGUGGUUGGAGGUAGUCAACAUAAAACCCUGAACCUAGGUUUUGUACUACUUAGCACUCAUCAGCAAGGUGUAGCUGUAAUCUUGAUGGAGCUGAUGUUCCCUACUGGAUUGGGUCGCGUGUCACCCAGCUUCACAGUCAGAGACGUUAACACUGGGCUAUCCGGACCGUGACUGACCUUCUGUCGGAGUGAGAUGUAUUUACAAUUGAUUGGUCAGUGAGUGGUGAUUAAUUUCAUGUAUAUCAGGUCCUUCUUAGUCCAGAUCGAAUCCUAUCGACCACAUAUGUAGGCGUUCAAUGAAGCGAGUAAAUUGAUAUAUUGUACAAACUAAUUGAUAAUUCUUUUCGAUUGGGUUAUAGUAACGUUUGUUCGGUGAUAAUAUCUUAAUAACGGAACCAAUCAAUAUUUAUUUCAAUCACUUUGAUAUUACCGAAAUCAUAAGAAUAACUUACCUUACAAUAGAUAUCAAUAGUUACCAUCAAUUUUGUCGGUGAGUAAAUGAAGCUUAGUCUUUGCUGUAUAUAAAGAAAGAGAUAAACUUUUUUGUUAUUGUUAAUGAGGCUAGUAUGAUCGAGCAACUUCUAGUGGAAGUCAUUGAUUAAUCAGUAGGUUUGUUGAUUUGUACGCUUUGUGAAGGUUGAAUCAACAACUUUCUGCUUAUCUGUCAUAAUAAUCUUUUGUCGAUAAACUAAUCGGUUUGGCUGAUAACAAAUCACUGCGAAAUGUUUGCUCCUUUAACUUCGAAGCCAGUCAAAAUGAAGAUAAACGUCCUGUUGUUAUAAUGUCCUCUGCUCAUCUCUAUCUAUCAUGACUCAGAGACUCAUAGGUUCAUAUGGAUUAUUUGCUUUGUCAAACAGCACCAAACACAUUGUACGAACAUUUCAUGUAUCUAAAGUAAUGGUUACUCUAGUUGUUAGAAGGGGCAUCAGCUUCGUAACUUCCGAAGAAACUCGGCCUUUUACCAUGAGGCGUCAUAACUCUUUCAAAUGAAAACCUUCUAACUCCCAGGGCAAAGUUUAUAUGGUUUGAAUUAUUGUUUUUGGCUAGCGUUUUCUUAGCGAGCUAGUUUUCUACGAGAUGAGGUCACCUAAUCUUACUUCUUUAUACCCGGGCUUGGGAUCAACAGUAACCCCAGAAGGGCUACAGGCGGAGUUGAGGAAAGCACCCAGCUGCGUCAUAAGGCAACCCCCCACUUAGAAUCCCCAAAAUACAAUGAGAAGAGAAAAACCAAAUAACACAUUACUUCGAGAAAGGGAGACGGACAUGAGAAGAAUAACAAUUGUAUGGAACUAGAAAGGAAAGCCCAGGACAGAAUGGGUUGGGAAGGCUGGUCGACGGCCUAUACUUCAUUGGAAGUAAAAGGCGUAAGUAAGUAAUGAUACGAAACUAAGUAGUAGGUCCAUAAUCAAUUAGUGACAAUUUAGAGAUGGUUGGAUGUUUAACAGCAACUAUGGCUUACAAUUAGGUAAACACAAAUACUUUAACCUUAGUGCUUAAUAAUUACUGUCUCUGAUCUACUACCAGUCUCCAUGACUAUAUUCAACUAAGCUAAAUCUGAACAAUUACACAAUGAAAUAAUUGCUAUGGUGAUUUGAUAUUCUAAUUACGUAACUAACUAAUUUACUUACAAUCAAAUAGACCAACCAGUUAGAUAUGAAUAUAAAAUCAGAGAAAUACAAUAAUGCAGUGAUCUGUUCGAAGCCAACACUUGUCUAUGCUCACUUCUAAUCAUCCUUAACGAUCAGGAAUUCAUUUUGCUUAAAUUAUUCAAUCUAAGUAACAAUUGCAUAACAAAUAAUACUGUAGUGAAAUUUCUAAGUGUGUGUGUGGGCCAAUAUCUUGAAAAUAACGCGUCAUCAAGCCAAUAUAAUAUGGUAUGUAGUUGUUGUAGACAUUAUUUAAACAAGGGGUAUUGUUUACAUAAUAUAAAAUUCAUUGACAAAGUUGUAAUACACAGGUAGACACGUAUGGAGAGAUUUGUGUUUUCAACUUUUUGUGUGAAUAAGGUUUCUUAUCAGUAUAGGGGUUGUGGAGAUUAUUAAGUUUUUGAUUGAGAUCAUGAACUGAUGGAUGUUAAACCACCGUUGAAGACCUGGAAGCACUGGACGGUUGUUUCUUCGUAUGGUGCGACUCCUCAGUAGUAUGCAUCCACGAUCCUGCUCACGGGAUCCGAUGGUGGUCUAACACCAAUCGGUUCAUAAUCUCAAUCAAAAGCUUAAUAAUCUUCACAACCCUACACUGAUAUUUACUAUGUGCUCACUAUUGAUUAGCU